CCGGACAAUGGGGACUUCAGGGCGCAACAAUGCUCUGAGUAUGAUAACAUACCUUUUGAGGGAGUUUAUUAUCAGUGGGUCCCCUACACAAGAGCACCAAAUCCUUGUGAAUUAAACUGCAUGCCAAGGGGAGAAAGGUUUUAUUUCAGACAUGCAGCGACAGUUGUAGAUGGUACAAGAUGCAAUGAUGAAAAACUUGACGUAUGCGUUUCUGGAAAAUGCCAGCCCGUUGGGUGUGAUAUGAUGUUGGGGUCUAAUGCCAGAGAAGAUUUAUGUCGAAUAUGUGGAGGCAAUGGAAGCUCUUGCAACACCAUACAAAACACGAUACCGAUGAAAGACAUGCAAGUUGGUUACAAUGACAUAAUUUUGAUUCCUCCUGGUGCUACUAACAUUAGAGUUGAAGAAGUGGCUCCCUCAAACAAUUACCUAGCCAUACGGAAUUCCACUGGUCAUUAUUAUCUAAAUGGAAACUGGAGAAUAGACUUUCCCAGAACAAUGGACUUUGCUGGAACUAAGUUCCACUAUGAUAGGUCACCUCAAGGAUUUUCGGCUCCGGAUAUAAUUAUCUCGUUGGGUCCUACAUAUGAAGCUUUAUUCAUUGUGUUGCUUUACCAAGAUUCUGAUGUACCGGUUCAGUAUACAUACAGUUUACCAACAAAUGUUGUGACAGGAUCAGAAGAGACAUAUGCAUGGACCUUUGAUGAAUUCACGCCGUGUUCUAAAACAUGUGGAGGAGGAUAUCAGUUUAGGAACGUGACUUGUGCCGGUCGAAAAACACUUGACCCAGUUGACAGUAAACUUUGCAAUGAAGAUAAUGAACCAGAGGCUAAGAAGAAAUGCAAUGAAAUCCCUUGUGAAGCUCAGUGGACACCUUAUCCUUGGGGGAAAUGUUCAGCACCUUGUGGAGAAGGUGGUUUACAAACCAGAGAGAUAUCGUGUCAGCAAAUUUCAGGAAACGGUUAUCCCGUACUAGUGGAUGAUUCUGAAUGUUUGAAACUUCAUCCAAAACCGCCAACUCAGCAAAAGUGCAAUGAAGGAAAAAUUUGUGCCCAAUGGUAUAGUGAACCUUGGAAACCAUGUGAUCACCUUUGUGGAGAUGGUAAACAGUCAAGGAAAAUAACCUGUUUCGUAAAACAUGAAGAUGGUAAAAUUGAAGUGCUGGAAGAUUCAGAAUGUGAGGUGAUCGAACCUAAGCCAGAAGAAGAAAGGAAAUGUAAUGUUCGUCCUUGCGAGGGCGUAGAUUGGAUUACAUCAGAAUGGAGUGGGUGCGACAGAAUUUGUGGACUGACAAAUGAGACAAGGAAAGUGCAUUGCGCUACUGCCAGUGGUCAGAUUUACUCAGACGAUCUUUGUGAAGCUGAACAAAAACCAGAAACUGUUAGAAAGUGUGAGACCUCAAAUACAACCUGUCAAUAUUUGUGGUAUGCAUCUCAAUGGAGCGAGUGUUCAGUUCAAUGUGGAGAGGGAAUACAAACAAGAACAAUAUUUUGUGGAGUAUCAACAGUAGAUGGUGUGAAGAAAGUGGAAAAUGAGAAAUGUGAUCCGUCCAAAGACUUUGAAACCAUUAAAAAAUGUGUUGGAGAAGAAGAAGAAUGUGAAGGUGAAUGGUUUAGUGGUCCUUGGGGAAAAUGUACAAAACCAUGUGGAGGAGGAGAACGUUCUAAGAAAGUUGUGUGCUUGAAAGACAAUGAAGUUGUAGAUCCAAGCAUUUGUGGAUCAGAUAGAAUAGUUUUCUCUCACGAAGAGUGUAAUACACAUCCUUGUUCAGAGGAUACCAUAAUGCCCACCGACAUUACCCAGUCCGUUGAUGAAUCUGAAACGGAAAAACUGAAGGCAACUGUUACAUCUGAAAGUACAAAAGAAUCUGAACCAACAUCGGCAACUGAUGAACUAUUUGAUGUAACUACCGAACAAAGCGAUAUGAUCACUACCUUACCUGAAGAUGAUAAUGAUGAGUAUGAAAUUGUUCCAGAUACUACUUGUGAUGAUGGGGAAUGGGUUAUGUCUGAUGAACCAUUGGAAAAACUAGAGAAAUUACAAGUUUCAAAAGAAAGUGUUAGAACAGAAUCUUCCAUCUCAUCGAAAUUAGAACUUUCAAAAGAAACUAUUGGAACAGAACCUCCAUUCUCACUUGAUGACCUUAUGCUCAGUGAUGGCACAACUAUUACAGGAGAUGGUGAAAGUACAGCAAGCUUCAGCUUAGAAACAGGAUCUGGAGAAAGCGAAAUUACAAGCUCAGCUACAGAAAUAAGUACAUUAAUGAAGAGUACCGGACUGUCAGACAGUACUGAUGAGGAAGGUUCUGGCACAGGAUCAACCAUUGUUAUUGGUACAGAUACUGAAAUUACUACUGAAGCUAUAGGACAAUCGAGUCAAUUCACUCCUGAAAGUACUGCCACUUCUGAAAUUUCUGGCAGUACAGAAAUCUCUGUUACUACCGGUGAAAGUCUUACUAGCAUAACAUCUAGUGAAUCAGAUACUACCAAUAUAUCUGAAGCUUCAAGUUUCACAACUGAAAGUAUAAUUUCUGGAAGCACGGAGAUUUUAUCUACUACACAAUUUUCUAGUUCUGAGAGUACAGAGACAGUAUCUUCUUCUGAUAUAACAACUAAUACCAUUGAUGUUGAUGUAACCACAGAGAGCUUAGGGAGUUCAAAAUCUGAUGACACAACAGAAAGUGUCUCUUCUGACUUUACAACCAUUAGCUCUGAUGCAACAAUAAGCAGUACCAGCGUAAGCGAUAAUUCUGUUAGUACUGAUAAUACAGUUAAUACAGAAAUUACAGAAAGUGGUACAAGUGAUACCACAGAGUCAUCAGUUACUGAAAGUACUGAUAGCACUGAAAUUACUGAAAGUAGUACGGAUAGUACCGAAACUACUGAAAGUAGUACUGAUAGUACUGAAACUACUGAAGGUAGCACUGAUAGCACUGAAACUACUGAAAGUACUGACAGCACUGAAAGUUCAGUUUCAACAGAUAAUACUGAUACAACUGAAACUACAUAUCUAACUGAAACAUCAGAAUCAAGCUUAAAUACUGAAAGUACAGAUAUUUCUGAUGUAACUACAGAAAUAUCAGCAUCUACUUCAGAGAGUAUAAUCAGUUCUGAAUACAGCACAGAUGAAACAAGUACCAUAUUUUUCAUAGGAGAAUCUGAUUUAGGGGCAAGAAAACCAACAACUGCCUCAUCAGGUACUGAUACAACUUUAACUGAUGAAGAUACAACUGAAUUUACGACAUCGAGUGCAAUUACAGGCAGUUCUGAAUCCCCCGAAAGUACUGUAGCUAUAACGGAAAUUACCAGUACAGAAUCUAGUGAAAGUACUGAUGGUAAAACAACUAUCUUUAGUGAUCCAACAGAAAGUGGAAGUACAGGUGGUACCUCGGAAAUUGGAAGUACAGAGGCCACAGUUGAAUUUACAAGUAGUACCUUUAGACUAGAGAGCAGUUCGGAAAUUACAACUGGAUAUGUUACAGAUAUUAGUACAAGUGCUACAAUAGAAGAUGGUAGUACAGAGGCUACCACUCAGUUUACAAGUAGUACUUCCGAAUUAAGUGGCAGUUCAGAAAUUACCACUGAAUCAUCUGUUUCAGUAGGGCAAACCUAUAGUACUACUGAAAUUGCUGAAUCUGUAGCAACUGAUUCAACCGAAUCAACAAUAGAAUUUACUAGUCAGACAACUGGUGCCGUUACUGACACUGACAUAUUUGGAAUUACAACAGAAACAGAGGGUACUGAAACAACUACCUAUGAAAUAGAGUCAACAACCCCAAUAAUUGAGAUAUUUAAGAGUAGGCCUAAAAUGUGUAAGAGAAGGAAAAUAAAAGCAUGUAAAAAAACACAGUAUGGUUGUUGUUGGGAUAAUAUUACACCAGCUGAGGGGCCAUUCGAUAAAGGCUGUCCUACUCCAAGAACUUGUAAAGAAUCUAAAUUUGGAUGCUGUGAAGAUGGCAUUUCUGCCGCUCUUGGAACUAAAUAUGCCGGUUGCCCAACUGCACACUGCAAUGAAACACUAUUUGGAUGUUGCCGUGACAAUAAAACGGCAUCACAAGGCAAUAAUAAUGAAGGAUGUCCGCAACCCCCACCCGAAUGUUUAAAAUCCAAAUUCGGUUGUUGUGAUGAUAAUGUUACUGAAGCUAAAGGGCCAAAACAUAAAGGUUGCAUUGAAGAAGAACCAGAAGAGACAGAGACAUCUGAAACUCCAGAAAUAACAGAAUCAACUGAGCCUACUAAGGAAAUGGAAAUCAAAGAAGACUGUAAAAAUACAACUUACAGAUGCUGUCCUGAUGGUGUUACGGCUGCCGAAGGCCCUGGUUAUCGAGGUUGCAAUUUACCAUGCUCCAACAGUACAUUUGGAUGCUGUCAAGAUGGUACUACUUCAGCUCAUGGUCCAAGUGGAGAAGGUUGCUGUUUAAUUUCUGCUUUUGGCUGUUGCCCCGACAAUGUUGUACCUGCAAGGGGGCCAAAUUUGGAUGGAUGUGGAUGCCAAUAUUCACCUUAUGGUUGCUGUCCAGAUAAUUCUACAUCUGCAAGAGGCUACAACGAUGAAGGAUGUGGCUGCCAAUAUACUACAUAUGGUUGUUGCCCUGAUAGUUUCACGCCAGCAAAUGGACCAAAUUACGAAGGCUGUCUUUGUCACACAUUCCAAUUUGGUUGCUGCCCAGAUGGAAUUACUGCAGCGAGAGGUCCACACCAACAAGGUUGUGGGUGUCGAAAUACAGAAUUUGGCUGUUGUUCUGAUGAACAGACACCUGCUUUUGGUCCGAACAAGGAAGGAUGUGGUUGUGUGUCAUCUAAAUUUGGAUGUUGUGUUGACGGAGUUACUGAAGCCAAAGGAGAAAAUUUUGAAGGCUGCGAAACUGCUCCUGAAAAUUUACAAGCCAGUUGUUCUCUUCCUAAGGAAAGAGGGACAUGUAGGAAUUAUACAGUUAAAUGGUUCUUUGAUAUGGACUAUGGUGGAUGUUCCAGAUUUUGGUAUGGUGGUUGUGAUGGUAAUGGCAAUCGCUAUAAGACAAAAGAAGAGUGUGAUCAAGUCUGUGUAAUACCUCAGGGCCCAGAUAGAUGCAAUUUACCAAAAGUAGCUGGGCCAUGUGAAGGCUAUUACCCUCAAUGGUACUAUGAUAAAGACGCUAAAAACUGUGCUCAAUUCAUCUAUGGCGGAUGCCUUGGCAAUAAUAACAAAUUUGAAACCAGAGAAGAGUGUAUGGGUCUCUGUGUUAAAGAUAGCAGUGUAGAUGCCUGUGAGCAGCCAAAAGAGGAAGGACCUUGCAGAGGACAAUAUCAACGUUACUAUUACCAUGAUGAAAGUGACCAGUGUCAGCCUUUUAUUUAUGGAGGCUGUAAAGGAAACAACAAUAACUUCCCAACAAUUGAAGCCUGUAGUCAAAAAUGUGCUGCUCCAGGUCGAAAGAAGGAUCAUUGUUCGUUACCAAGAGCUCAGGGCAAUUGCACGGAAAAACUAUCUAGAUGGUAUUACGAUACUCCUGAAAAACGCUGUGUACCUUUUUACUAUUCUGGCUGUAAUGGCAAUCAAAAUAAUUUCGACAGUAAAGAAGCAUGUGAAAAUGAUUGUCCUAUGGAUAUUGUUAAAGAUACAUGCCACUUGCCUGCCGAAACCGGGGAAUGUGGUAAUUACGUUGAUCGGUGGUACUACGAUACAAAGCAAAAAGCCUGUCAACAGUUUUACUAUGGUGGUUGUGGUGGAAAUGAAAACAAUUUUGAAACACAACAGAGAUGCCAAGCAAGAUGUGAACAGGAUUAUAAUAAAUCUCAAGAACCAACGAGCCAACCUCAUCCAUCAGAAUCCCCCCAAACAGUUACUGAAGCAUUUAGAACAGAUAUGUGUUUCCUACCCAGCGAUCCUGGACCAUGCAGGAAUGGAACUGUUAGGUAUUAUUAUGACAGAUCUGAUGGAGUUUGCAAGAGCUUCACAUUUGGUGGUUGCCAUGGCAAUAGAAAUAAUUUUAUCUCUGUUGAAGAAUGUCUUCAGUAUUGUGGAACUUCCCAAGAUCUCUGCACAUUACCCCCAGUUGUCGGGCCUUGCAAUGGAGAAUAUACUCAGUACUACUACGAUUCCUUCAAUGACUCGUGUUUACCGUUUACCUUUGGUGGUUGUGGUGGUAACUAUAACAGGUUCCAAGAUCAGUCAUCAUGUGAGCAAAGAUGUAGAAAAGCUCCUCCUUCCCAAGUUGUUUCUACUCAAGCUCCACCAGCUCCACCAACAGACAUAGCCAUGUGUUAUCAACUUCCUGAUCCUGGGAACUGUACAGAAAAUUAUGUGGCAUUUUUCUUCGACACCAACACAAGAAAAUGUACUCCAUUCACUUACACAGGUUGUGGUGGCAACGAUAACAGAUUCAAUAGUGAGGAACAAUGUGAGAGGCAAUGUGGAAGUUUCAGGGGUCAAGAUGUGUGUAAUAUGGAAAAGGAUUCGGGUCCAUGCAGGGGGUAUUUUGUUAAAUAUUAUUAUGAGAAAUCAGAGGGAAGAUGUGAACAGUUCGCUUUUGGAGGUUGUCAAGGAAAUGGUAAUCGGUUUAGCUCAAAUGAAGAAUGUGAACACAUAUGUGUGACUCAUGAAGAAACCAAACCUAAUAUUACAAGUACAGCUGUACCCGAAGUUGAAGUAACGGAUGUGCCACAACAUCCUUGCCAGGAAAUGUUUGAUGAAUGUACCACACUCAAAUGUGCAUAUGGAGUUGAAGCAUAUGUGGAUGAAAAUGAAUGCAACAGGUGUCAGUGCAAAGAUCCGUGCAGAAAUGUGGAAUGUUUAGAGGACGAACAGUGUGCUAUAGACAUUAACAGAAACAAAACUUCAGAUGCAAAUGCAGAUUUUAUUGCAAUAUGUAGACAAAGCAACAAACCAGGAACCUGUCCAACUCUAGAGCCAAGUGAAACCAACUGUGAACAGGAAUGCAAUUCUGACGCUGAUUGUACGCUGCAUUUAAAGUGCUGCUCGACGGGAUGUGGUACUGCUUGUGUUGAUCCCGUGCUUGCCCCACAACAAUUAAAUACUCAAAUGCCAAUAGAACCUGCUUAUACCGAGAAGCCUCAUGAAAUCGGACUCCAACCUCCAAAAGUGGACUCCCAAAUAUAUAAGCCAGAAGUGUCUGCUCUCAUUGGUGACCAAGCAGUACUGAAAUGUGCGGUAACUGGAAAUCCCAAUCCUAAAAUAAAAUGGAGUAGAGAUAAUUUUGAGAUUGAUGGUACACAACCAAGAUAUCGAAUUAAACUGGAUCAAUCUCUACAAAUUAUCACAUUACAUAAGACCGACUCUGGCAUUUAUUUGUGUACUGCUGAUAAUAGUAUCGGUGAACCAAUUACGAAUCAAAUUAAAUUGGAAGUUGUAGACUCUGAACCUAGACCAGCCACAAUCUUGGAUCAAACAGACGAACCCCCAGUAGUAGUCUCGUUAAAUGCUCCUACUACACUUAACUGCUUUGUAUUGGGAUAUCCGUUCCCCUCUAUAACAUGGUGGAAGGAAGACAACCUCAUUCCAUUAAAGAAUAACGAAUUUGAAGUUCGCAAAGAUCAUUCUCUACUCAUACAUUCAGUCAAACUCCACAACCUGGGGAUUUACACAUGCCAAGCAUAUAAUGGUGUCGGCAAAGCCGCCAGUUGGGCGGUAUCAGUGAAAGCCAGAGGACCAUACCACUUUGCUGAUCCAGCUGAAUUCAAAUACAAACAGUAUAUAGUAAAUCCUCCAGAAGAACCUACAACUGUUACUAGAACCACCACCACCCCACAACCUCCUAGGUUCUAUGUUCCUUACAGACCUACUCCUGAACCGUAUGUUCCACCAACUUCUUACCCUGAACCUUCCAAUGAAAUAGUACCAGAGCCUGUGCCUCCUCCAGAUACCGGAGUAGUUCUUCCAUCAGUUGUACCCAUUAGAGCAAAUAUAACAACAAAUGACCAAAGAUAUCCUGUUGGAAGUGACAUACAGAUUCCAUGUGAAGUAGUGGGAUAUCCAGAACCACAAGUACAGUGGUACAAAGAUGGUGUUCCCCUCAAUCCAUCAGAUAGAAUUGCAAUAUCAGAUUCUCAUACAUUGACGAUUCUCAAGGUCACGAAGGCUGACUCAGGAUAUUAUCAGUGCGAGGCAGUUAAUAAUUAUUCCAAAGCAUCAAGCACAUUAGAAAUUUUAAUUGAAGGAAUGUACAUCCACCCUAGCUGCACCGAUAACCAAUUCUUUGCUAACUGUGCACUGAUAGUAAAAGCCAAAUUCUGUUCACAUAAGUACUAUGCUAAAUUUUGUUGUCGCUCGUGCACGGAAGCAGGACUUUUGCCAGUAGAUGGACCACAUUUACCGCAUUUUAAUAAAAUAGAAGCUCUUAAUUCUAAUUUAGUUUAAGCUUAGUAAUGUUUCUGUAAGUACUAGUCUCACUAUUUUAAGAUUGAAAAUAAGCUUGGGCAAAAUAAAUAACAGAUAAAUAUGUGUAAAGAGUUAGUAAAAUUACGUUUUAUUUAUUGAUAUUAUUUAUUUAUUAAACUAUCCUUUCGUUCUUAAAAAUGUAACUAUUUGUUCUUUGAUUCAUGUAACCAUUUAAAGGGGGAAAUUUUGCAAAGUUUAUUUUCUAAUUUGGCCAUGUUUGUAGGUAUUUCACAAAAUCAUUUCACAGAAUACCUUCAGACACUUGUGGUCUGACAUAAUGUAAGAAAUUUGUAGAUACCUAUAUUCUUGUUUCCAAGAAUUUGUGCAAUUUACUUAUUGAUGUACUUGUAUAUAUAUUUUUUAACAUUAGUAUUUAUAAAACUUUGUAAAAAUGUGUUCAGUACAUGUAAAAUUAAAAAAAUAAAAGUUUUAUUUUAUA